AUGGGGAUCCAAAAGCUCCUCAAGGUACUGAGACUUGACGGCUCAGAAAAGCAGUAUGUUGCCGCUGAUGACAUUCAAUCAACAGGUGAUAAUAUGGAACUCACAUUCUACAGCAUCGCCGACCCUGGACAGCCUUCUGAUAUAGGGCUUAAAACUCUUCCUACAGAACUCGUCGUCAAAAUAGCGACCGCUCUACAUCCGAUCGACCGCGCAAGCCUUGCCUUUACAUCCAGCUGGCUACACAGAAUCAUCGGCAACGCCCUGAAGCUCAAUCAAUUUGAUCGUUCAGAAUUCCUUCGCCGCCUCGAGCUUGACGGCAUGUGGCUGUCUGAAAUAUUUUGCGAAGCCUGUCAAAAGUUUCAUGAGCCACGAAAGAGCCGUGAUUUCACUCCCAGAGAGGCACGAAGAGCCUGUAUUAAAUACGGAGAUCCUAAACUUGAGGAAAAGAGUUUCUCUCCUUACCUGGAAGAUAUUAAUUUUGACAUCGUGGCAGCUUUGUCGAGAUUUAACCGUUUCCGACAUAAAUUCACCGCCCAGUCAGACUUUGCGGCCCAGUGGGCUCACCUAGAGGACAUGGUCGUGUGUACCACACACUAUGAUUAUCCGGAGAAUCCGCACGUACGGGUCGAGCAGAGUAUAUAUUACUCAGAAGAGGAUCACAUCCAGAUCAAGUCACAAAGAACACUGUUUACCGGACGAAGUACCGGUCGUGACUUAUUAGGAAUCCUUAACAGAGCUAGCGCUUUGAGCUGA